AUGUCAGCAAAUGUCCUCCCAUACCCCACGAACUAUAACCGGAAUUCACCCCUGUUUUCCAGUAUCUCUUGUCCCAUUUGUCAAGAAGUAGUGGCUGACAGUAGAAGCUUCAAGUCUCACAUGUCCAUUUUUCAUGGCCAGGCAAUGCCAUAUCCAUGUACUUUGUGUGGAAAGGGUUAUGCCAGUGAGUCAGGACUAUCACUGCAUAAACAAGUUCAUGAAGGAAAAUCGUAUGUGUGUCCGGUGUGUGACUCUAGAUUUACUCAAAAUAGCACAAUGAAGAGGCACAUGAGGACUCUGCACAAAACAACAGAGUGCUUUACAUGCAAAGGCAUAUUCAAGCUUGGAACAGAAUAUGAGCAACAUGUUUUACAUUGCACUUCAUAG